AUGACCCUACAUAUCAAAGACAAUGAUGGGGAACAGUAUUCUGAUGAAGAAAAUAAUGAUUCCAGUGAAGAAGUUACACAAAAAAGGAAAAAGAAAAGAUUUUCUAAUCCUGCAGAAUGGAAAUAUAAUACUAAUAAAAUAAAUAGAGAAAAGGAGGUUGAGUAUAUGGGUAGAAAAAAUAACAAAUUCGACAGAAAGAAAACUAAGAAAGUAAUGAAAAGGAGAUACCUGUGUUUAAAUAAACCAUUGAAAACCGGUAAAGAAAUAGCAAUUCAGUGUUACAAGUUGACGGAUGAAGAGCGAAAGUUAAUUUCCGCGAAGUUUUGGUCCCUGUCGUGGCCUGAAAAGAAGAUCUACAUUUCUGCAAAAGUCUUAAAGAAUAAAAGGUCAAGAUAUAGAAAGGAUCCGGAAGUUAGCCAUAGGUCAACUUCGUAUAAGUAUUUUCUUAAAAAGAAAAGCGAAGAAAUUAGGGUUUCUUAG